GCUAAAUUAAAUUGCUUUGUGCACAGAUGAUAAACCUCAUGAAAAUGUAAAACAUUAAAUUAAAUUAAAUCAUGGUUUCUCUUACUUACCUAGAAUGUAGGCAUAGAGUAGAUUAGAAAGUUGAUAAUAUAGGCAAUUUUUUUCGACAGUGACGGAAACGCCACUUCACUGAAGCUGUUGCCAGAAGUAGAUAGAAUUGCGACAGUAGGGGCAGUGUCGCAAGUGCAGGUUAGGUAGGUAGCCAGCAAGAUGACAUGUUGAUAGGCGCCCACAUUGGGAACUGUUCGAAUGUGAACGUCAUUGCAACGCUUUAACGAUAUCGAUAUCGUGUCCGACAUUAUAUUGUUUCCCGUGCUUAUUUUUGAUUGAGAAACAAUUUCGCGUUGGGGAGCCUGUAAGUCAGAUGUGAUGUCACCGUUAGCAGCCUGUAUUUUAGCAUUGUGGGACGUGUAAUGUAAGCAGCAAACAACGGGGCUUGUUUGUGUAUGUAUCCCAAAUAGCCAACGAAACGGUCGCGCCCGAAGUAGUUUCGAAGAGACUAACAUUUUCGAGAUUGCACGCGGAUAUCGGUCUUGUGUCAUCAGAACAUUUUUCGGGAGAGGAGUGUUUACGUCUCCCUUGUGAGGAAGUGGGAUGUGGCCAGAGUGUAUUAAUGUUGCCGAUCAAGAUAUGAAAAUCAUUGUAGCAGUGCUUUUGGAGCCUCGCUACAUUGUAAAUACUAGGUUAGACUUGGUGCUGAACGCGAGCCCAUUUGACGAAUUCGAUGAAGACAUCCCUCGGUGUUCGAAAUCGUGUGGGGGUCGCUCUGAUUACAUAAUAUCAACAUGUGAAUUAUAGAUUGCCUAUUUGUAUUUUAUUUUUUGAAAGCUAUUGAAUUGCUAAUGUCAACUCAACAUCAGAUAAUGGACUCAUCUUUCGCUUUGGGAAGACUGGAAAUCAAUAGUCCCAUGGUGAACAUGGGGACUCGCCUCUCCGGCUCAGUGAAGGAGAAGAACGCUCAGGGAGGAUCGCAGGCGGCGCACCUGAACGGAUGUGUGCCGCUCUCCCAUCAGGUGGCCGGUCAUAAGUAUGGCGUUGAUAAAGUAGGCAUAUUGCAACAUCCUGAUGGCACAGUACUCAAACAGCUACAGCCCCCUCCACGAGGUCCUAGAGAGAUGCAGUUCUACAGCAUGGUCUACGCUGAGGACUGCUGUGACCCGUGUCUGUUGGACCUUCAGCAUCACCUCCCCAAAUACUUUGGCACCUGGUCCUCGCCUGAAUCUCCUAAUGAGCUGUACCUGAAACUUGAGGACGUCACUCGGCGUUUCCAGAAGCCCUGUAUUAUGGACGUGAAGAUAGGCCAGAAGAGCUACGACCCCUUUGCCUCCUACGAGAAGCGGGACCAGCAGAUCAAGAAGUACCCGCUAAUGGAGGAGAUUGGCUUCCUGGUUCUCGGAAUGAGGGUGUACAAGGUGAACUCUGACGGCUAUGACUCGUAUGAUCAACAUUACGGACGAGGCCUUCUCAAGGACACCAUCAAAGACGGUUUAUCAAAAUUCUUCUGUAAUGGGAAGAGUCUGAGAAAAGACGCCAUCACUGCCAGUAUCCUGAAGGUCCAGAACAUCCUGAGAUGGUUCGAGGGCCAGAUCCAGUUAACCUUCUAUGCCAGCUCCCUGUUGUUUGUAUAUGAGGGCCUGCCUCCUCCCAACCCCGAGGGCCACGUCCCCAGGGGCCUCCCAGAGAAGACCACAUCUUCCGCUGACGCCUGCUGCGAGCCCAAUGAAGACGUACUGGAAUACAACAACAACAUUUGUGCUGCCGUGCCGCUCGACUACAGCCUGUCCACCAUGUACGCCAUGCACAAGAAGGGCUGCACCCAGGGUCACCAUGGCAACAUAACUGCCACCAGCAACACCACAACAGACCCCAACCCCACCAACCCCAAGGAGCACAACAGCACGUGGAAGUGCCCAGGUCUGGUGUCGGCGGAGCAACCCAACGGCAACGGUAUCAAAGCCCAACUGGAAGAAGAGGAACAGGGGGUGGUGGGGGAGGUAGGCCAGGGUGAGCCGCAUCCAGAGCAGAGGGCCAGCGAAGUGGAGGUGAGGAUGAUUGACUUUGCUCACGUCUUCCCCAGCGAGAGCCAGGACCAAGGCUACAUCUACGGCCUGAAACACUUGCUGGAGGUGCUGCAGCAGAUCCUCCACCAAUAACCUUCUCUCUCCAGUGGUUUGUCUCUCAUUGGGGAAGUCAAGUGUACCCAUCUGUGUUUUACUGUGUGAAUGGAGGAUUUGUAGCCCCCCCUCCCCCCAGUCCAUUCCCUCGUCCCCUCGCCCCGUGAUUCACUGCACUAUAUGCACUAUAUCAAUGAAGUCAUUUCUCCAUAACUCUUUGUCCGAUGUAUGUGCUUCUUGAUUUCUAACCACUGUUAACAGGUAUCUAACUCAGGUAAACUACUGUAAUCAAUACUCAAAUGAUUAUCCCUAAAGAGUACCCUCGUUUUGUUGGCUUGCUGAUCAUAUGUUUUAUAUUUUAUAUAAUUUGCCUAAGUGUAUAUCUUCAUGUUUUAUUUCAGAUCCUUUUGUCUUUAAUUGUCCCAUAAUGAUUUGUAUUUAUCCAUUUUAAGUUAAACUCAGUAGAGGUUACGUACUUUUAGCAUUGCUGUUCUCUAUCUAGCUAUAUAUUUUGCUUCCAAAUUGCCUUACCUGUUCUUCUUAAAACCUGUAUCCUUGCAGUGAUACUUGUUCAUUAUUGACUUUUAAGAUUAUAUUAAUCUCGGAAACCAAGAACUAAAAUCUUGUUUAAUUGUGUCAGAUGCUCUAUUAAAUUCUCAGGGGAGAUGUUAAGAGAUACUAACACGACUUGUGAAGUCUCCACCCCCUCUAAACGGAAACACUCUGCAAGUCUAUGGGCCAAAUGUCCCCAUCACUUCUGAAAUUCGAAAGAUCCGAGCACCUAUGAAAUCGUGAUUUGUCCAAAUGAUUAGUGACACAAAAUCAGCAUACCAGAAAAAAGUUCCUCGUAAGUCAUCACAUCCCACAGUCUGUUGACAGAUGCUACUACCAUUUAUGUUACGUGUGUUUUUCCAAUGAGGGAUUAAGAUGAUAUAUAUGACAGAUUUUCCUCCCUCUGCCCACUACACUGUGUCAUGGUCUGUUUAAUUGUAAAGAAAUGCAAUAUGCUGCUGUGAUGACAAUGAAUUAACAAACUGACCAGAGAGAGAUUUUGAGUUUGUUGAUCUAGUGAUUCAUGUUCAGAGGAAUAGAAUGCCAAAGUACUGGUCUUUUUUGGAGAGGGAGCAAGGUCUGGAUAGAGUUCUAAACUUGAAGGCCUGGAAGUGGAUUAGAUCCUUGUUGUUGUCAGUACCCCGACAAUGCUUCCGUAGUGUGAUCUCUAUCAAGAUAUUGUCAAUUGUUUAAGUGAAGAGAAAUGUUGUUUUCUUUUGCAUCUUCUUAACCCUGAUAGCUAUAGAAUGUUUGAUUUAUUAUUUUAACAGAAGAUAUGCAGAUAUUUUCAAAGAUAUGCAGACAGUGCUACAUUUCUAUGUUUGAUUUUAAACUAAUACCAAAAGACAAAAUAUUUUGGAUGAUAAUCUUAUCAGUAAAAUACUUGACGAUUUAGUACAUAUUUUAAAUGGUAAGGAGGAAGAACCUUUAUGAGAGAUGUUUACAGUCUUUUGAAGAUAUUUUGACUGUUAUUAUCGAUGCCUUAUUUCUUUCUACUCCAUAUAUUAAUUUCAAACGUUUAUCAUUCUGGCAGCUUUACAUUUUUACAUCUACUCAAAAUGUCUUCAUUCUAUUGUUCCAACAACUCCUUAGCAAGCGACCAGCUUCAGCAUUUUGCAACAGGGCAUUGUUUAUUUUAGUAAAAGUCUCAAAAUUGUAGAUAAAGAAAGGGUGGUAAUGAUUUACGUUACAGUAACACUAUCUUCAUUAAGUACUCAUAACCCAUCUAUAAGCACUUUCAACUUUUAAACAUUUCAUAACAUUUUGUGUUUAUAGAUGUGCUAUCAGUGGCCUAUGCUUAUGGAGGUACAGUAAUGUCAGUCGUUACUGAAUAAGGGACCUCUAAGAUGGUUGUUUACUAUUGACACCCUCUGCAGCUCCUUUGGAAGUUGUAAUACAUUAGAACCACAACGGGUAGAUAGUACACUAUAUAAAGACUUUACAUUUCAUCUUGGUGAAGUCAAAUAGCGACUUGUUCUACAAUGAGUUGAAAUCUCUUGUUUACACACCAGUUCUAUUUUAUGGGUAAAUUGUGUCUUCAUAUAGUUAAUGGGCAAGAAGUUAACAAAAAUGGUUUUGUUUUGUGUUUGCUGAAGUCUGCUAUUCUUUAAAAAACUAAACCAAUAAUGCACUGAAAAACAAAUGAAUAUAGCUAAUGUAUAAAAUCUGUCCCUUUGCUGUGAACUAACCAAUGACUUUCCCUGUGUGGAAAUGUUGUUUCAUUUAUCCACAAAGUUGUUUUAUAUAAUACCUGACUGAAAUGUCUAAGUUGGUGUAUUGAAACACUCAUAUGGCAUUUGGCAAGACUGGAUUUUGUCUUUAGACUUCAGCUAAUCAGAAGUGAGUUAUCAUUAUUGUAUAUACAGGACAAACUCAAUUUCUCUCAAAGAUUUUUUGCAACAAACUGUAGCUAAGUAGUCAGAUGAUUGAUUUGGUUAGUGGGAUCAACAACGUAUUUUCCAGCUUGUUGUCAUUAUUGUUCUGGAACCUUAUUUACAUAGGCUGCAUAUAGACAGGCAUCCCAAAUCUUAUUUGUAUUUACUAAUUGGUCUUUUAACCAAUCAGAUCAAUCCUGAAAAAUAUCUGAUGUGAUUAGUCAAAAGACCAGUUAGUGGAAAUAAAACUGAAUUGGGCUGCCUGUCUAAACGCAGCCAUAGUCUCAGGGUAUGAGUGUAGAGGUGUAGUCAGUUCGCUUGAACGUUUGCUACGUUGCGGAACAGUUUGUACUAAAGACACGUUUCUCCAAAACUUUUUUGUACGUUCUUGAAAAGACGGGUACGUUCGCUCCAGUUUGGUGGGUGUGGUGAGGUGUGGCUUGUACCAAUGAGUGAUGUAUUUAAAGGGCAGUGGACAUGCUCACAGCAUUUCACAACCUAACCCCUCCCCGUUUUUCAACUGGUCGUUCAGUACAGCACUGUUUCUGUUCAAUUGAACGUUCCAGAACUAGUUACUAAACGCAGCCCUGACAUAGCAUCAGUUUUGCCUACAUUUUGCAUAAUUAAUAUGAUUAUAUGGAGAGGUGGGACCUGAACCUAGAUCAACACUCCUACUCUGAGACACUUUUGUAAAUACGGACCCUGGGUUUCGUUGAACCUUGACUGGUCUUCCUGUGGUCUGGAAUAAUAUGGAGUAUAGUAUCAGUGCUGUCAGAAUGUUCUCUUUGGAAAUUCCCCAUCUGUUCUUCAGUUCUGACGUAUACAGUAACAUGAAAUGCAGGGGAAAUGAUGAUGUGUAUCUGCGGUUUCUCUCUCAUAUCGGAUUGCAAUUGAUGACUAAUUACUACUUUUGUAAAUGACAUAUAUGAAUAUGUAUAAUAGGUAGACGGAUUCAAUAAUGGCUGUAUAUUUGGCAGAUUAUAAUUACUAAUAAAAUUCCUAA